AUGUCCUUCAACUACGACCGCUAUGACCGCCGCCAGCCCGCGACCCGCACGCGCUCCACGUUUGGCUACUGGGUGCCCCUGGUGCUGACCGUCACCGUCGCGACGGCCGGCCUCGCAGCCUGGGUGUGGUCCGAACGCCGCGACGACGAGGACGGGUCGAGCGACGACGACCAUCUGAGCUACGGCGACGAGAGCGACGGCCAGACGCGGCGCCGCAACCGCAGCAGCAACCGCAGCAGCAACCGCAGCAGCAACACCAACGCCAACCGCGACGGUAACAACAGCAACACCAACACCAACACCAACGCCAACGCCGACACCACCGCCAACAACGGCACACUGUCGCAGGGCGUCGGCGCCCAGGACCACCUCAUGGGCCGCGUCCAGGGCGUCAUCCGCCGCACGCCCAGCCCGCAGCAGGUCUUCGACACGGUCAGCAAGAAGACGGCCGCCGGCUGGGCCGCUGCCGGCGCUGCGCUCGCGAGCAUCCGCGAGGAGGACAAGGACGACGCGUACGGCGACCACAGCCGCUGGUCGGAGGAGGCCGCCAUCCGCCGCAGCCUCGACGUCCAGGCGGCCCAGACCAGCGCCGCCGUCGACACCGGCGCUGCCGUCGACACCGGCGCCGCCGCCCGCGGCAAGCGCAAGACGGUCGUGCUCGUCGUGUCGGCCGAGUCGCUGAUGGACGCCCCCGACGACGACGACGGCUCGUACCGCUCUGAGAACGCCACGCUCCUCUCCCACCUCCCCGACACGGACCCCGCGCGCACCCGCCUCUUCGUGCUCAUCUACUCGCCGACCCUGCGCUCGCGCCCCGCCUCCAAGGCGACGUCGCGCAGCGCCUCCCGCGACCGCGCCUCGCCUCUCGGCUCCUCGUACAGCGCCAUCAGCCCCGCCUCCGACCUGGCCGCGGUCGACCCGCAGCCCGACCGCCCCGUCUACACCCCCGCGCUGUCGGCGCGCUCCAGCGACACGCUGCUGUGGAACACGCUGCACGCCCACGCCCUGCGUCUCGUCGAGCACCCCGCCAUGGCCAUGCCCUUUACCACCCCCUCGGGGUUCGUGCACAUGCUGCGCCACCUCGCGCCGGACCUGGUCUACCUCGUCGACGCCCUCAGCGGCGCCGGCGGCCGCAACGUACAAGACAUGAAGCGGUGGGUCGGCCAGACCGUCGUCGUCGUCGGCAGCGACGGCACGGGCCUCGGCGGCCUGGUCGACACGGACGACGAGGCGCCGCGCGGCAAGGGCAAGGCGAGCGAGCACCACGACAGCAGGUGGUGGGAGAGCACCGACAUGGUCGGCCUCGGCAAGGGCGUUGAUGUGGUCGAUGCGAGCAGAUUCGACGACGACUUUGAGAGGAGAGUCGGCGGGAGGGAGUAG